UAGUUGAUGGCAUCGCCUGAAAUUGAUUAUCCCAGGUUAUCCUCGGGUUCUGAAUCUUUUGGUGGAUGCUUUAACAUACGAAUAGAAGGAGAAGACUCGAGACACACUUUGGAUUUUCAUGAAGAUCGAAAGUCUCCAGUUUAUAAUGAACGUAAUAUCCCAGAGCCUCCACCUCCUCCUGGUAAAAUCUGUUCGAAAUCCAUUACUCAUGAAAGAGGACAUGGUAAGUCUGAUAGUGUCCCUAAUGAAACUCGAGAUACAUGGGACAAGCUUUUUAAAGAUGGAUAUGGAGCAGAUGUACAUAUAAGUACCGAUAAUGGAUCAUUUAUUCCUGCUCAUUAUACUCUUUUGAGGAUUGCCUCGCCGAUACUGGGUAAUCUUCUACAGCAAUCCAAAGUAAAAAAUGGUAUCAGAUGCAUAAAGAUUCUUGGGGUUCCCCAUGAUGCUGUCUUUAUAUUCAUUCGCUUCCUCUACUCAGCCUGUUAUGAAGAAAGAGGAAUGAAGACUUUUGUUCUUCAUCUGUUAGUCUUAUCACAUUCUUAUUCAGUACCAUCACUUAAAAGAGUCUGCAUACACCUUUUGGAGCAGGGUUGGUUGAGCCCUGAAAAUGUGAUAGAUGUGCUUCAGUUGGGAAGGAACUGUGAUGUACCACGACUUAUUGUUGUUUGUAUUCGUAUGAUAGUGAGGAACUUCAUAACCAUAGCAUCCUCCGAGGGAUGGGAAGUGAUGAGACGUGCUAACCCUACGCUUGAACAAGAACUUCUAGAAUAUGUUGUUGAUGCAGAUUCGAUAACACAGUAA